UUAUCAUCAUUGUCACCACCACCACUAUCAUCAUCAUCAUCAUUAUCAUCAUCAAAUGGGAGUUCAAAGGAAAUUUAUUUUACUGUGCAUUUACAUAGGUAUGUGUCCAGGAAGAGCAAAUAUUUCCAGCUGCUAGGGACUGAUUAAUGUACUACCACAAUUAUCAUUAUCAUCAUCAUCAUCAUCAUCAUCAUCAUCAGAUAUCUAAUAACCAGAUGGCACGGGUACGCAAGGUACGCAAGGUGAAGUUGAAGGACGGGCCUUGCAUAACGCCCCGGUUAGGCCUAGCUCGGUACAACGCAGUACAUACUUGGCACGCUCGGAAACAGAGAUAAGAUGUUGAGCUCCACACGAGGGGCUUGUAUGGGUAGUGUGGUAAGGAGGUUCUCCCCCCUAGAGAUGGUAAACAGAAUAUACCUGUGGGGGGUUACAUGAGGCCUAUAUAAAGAGUAGACACCUGCAGCAUCCCCGCACUCCGUCCCUUCACCAUGCUCCAUAACACCCUUCUGGCGGCCAAUGUCCUGCUGACGGUGGUGGUGUCGGCCACGGCCUUCCUGGCUACGCCGCUCAACACCACCGACCCGGAUCUGGCCAGCAUUCUGUGUCCUGAGCAGACGGCAGAAGUGACGCGGGACCACAAGUGGAUCACACGCGAGGCCAUCCGCCGGAACAUACGUCGGUUCUUUCUGCAUAACCCGCCGCCCACGCAGCCCGGGUUCACAGUGCCCACGGACGCUAGUCUCAGCCAACUCUAUCAUGCAUACUAUGGGGCCUCCGCCUCCCCUGCUCGCUUCAUCAACGCUGUGAACUCCAUCGCAGCCUCUAAUGUGCGCGCUGAUUCUGCCAGGCAGCUUAGGUACGACCCCGGCAUCCAGGCAGAUGGUGAGGCUUUCGGUGACCUGCAGAGUAAGCUGUCCUCUAGGUACCCUCAGCUGCUGACCUCCAUCCUGGUGAACGAAGCAUACUCGGCAGCGCGCUCCCUCCUCGGCCUCUCGCUUCACUCCAUCCAGAAGUUCUAUGCUCACUCCACCUGGAUUGAGGCUGGCAACACUGACAUCUUGCCUGAUCUUGGACUCCCAGGCAGCCCGCCACUGGAUGUCGCUGCUCCCGACGACGAUGUCUGCACACCUUGUCCCAACAGCCAGGGUCAGUGUGUGGGUAACGUGCUCAAUGGAGUCGGCCUCUCCACCGGGUUCUACCAGUACACCGACGAAGAUGCCAAAGGAUUCCUCAUUCCCAAGCCUUCCUCAGGUGGGAAAUGCAGCCACGGAGGAGUCCUGGACGAGACUGCUGACCAGCCAGCCCGUGGAGGCAUCAACAAGGACACAGCAUCUCCCUGCUUCUCCCCACACCACCACCUCCACCAGCAGGCAGCAGAGCUUGCCGUGCUGGCCACCGACCACUACCUGGACGUGGUGCUCGAGGCUGUGGGCAGCGACAAGUACCGGAGGCUCUUCGAUCUUUACCAGGGGUCGGCGCUCUCCAUCUUGAUCGAUACCACGAGCUCCAUGUCGGGUGAAAUCAAUGCCGUCAGAGAUCAAGUCGCUGAGAUCGUGGCCUCCGUUCCCACGGAACUGUACAUCCUGGUUCCUUACAACGACCCCAAGGUUGGCCCAGUAACGAAGACCGACAAUCCUGACGACUUCCUUAAUGCUGUCAACAGCUUGAAACCUCACGGCGGCGAUGACAUACCGGAGAUGUACUGGCAGGGCCUGCAGCUGGCACUCUCCAACACUCCGGACUAUGGCAAUAUAUUCAGCUUCACUGACGCAGGAGGCAAGGACGGAAAUAUCAUGGAAAGCGUUAUCUCACUGGCACAGGAGCGCAAUAUUAAGGUGACGGUGGUGUACAGUGGACGCGUCAGUAAAGACGACCCCAAUUCUGCCAGGAAGAAGACAGGUGACUCUCGGCUGAUUACAAAUCAAGCCGACUAUAAGCGUUUGGCUGAUUCCACGGGUGGACUUUUCAUCCCCUCAGGGAAAUUUGAGAUCGACGCCAUCACGCCCAUCCUCGGGGACAGCGUGAAGAGUGUCGAUGUGGAUAUUGCCAUGCUGAAGGACGUGAAGGGAUCCCAACAGCUUGAGUUGCCCAUCGACGAUUCCGUGCUGGACGUCACCGUGCACCUGGCCGGCUACAUGAACGAUGCCGUGAUGCAGGAUGUAACAGGCACGACCUAUGACCUACUGGACGACGCGGCGCUGACAGCAGCAGGGGUGGAGGUGGUCACAUCCUCUGAGGCACUGAGGGUGGUCCGCUUCCCACACCCGGGCUUCGGUUCUUGGGUACUUGACCUUGAUGCAGACACGUCCUUCUCUGUGACCAUCAGCGCCAACUCCACUCUCAGCUGGCUAGGAGGUUUCUCCAUUCUCGAUCCCUCUCCGCCUCACCCCCACUACCGCGCGGUGGAAGGCAAUCCCCUUACAGACACGGUAUAUUACUUGGACGUCAUGUUGAUCGGCUACCUGGAGAGCAACCUUUUAGAUGUCGACAGCGUGGAAUACACUGAUAACACCGGAGUGUUGCUUCGAACCAUCAUCUACGACGGGGAUAUCGAUGACGAGUUUUACAUCCGAUCUGAGCCUCUCCCAGAGCAGCCUUUCAACGUAAGGCUGUGUGGACACGUUCAGUCGGGCAAUAAAUUCUGCCGACUUCUGCCUGUGCUGAUAACCCCCGUCCAGGCCAGUGUGGAGGUGCUGGCCACAUCAGAAGAACUCUCAGCUCGUCCCUCGGAGAGCACCUCUGGGGACUUCCUAAUCAAGAACUUUGGCCUUGAGUCUGACUUCCAAGUGACGGUCACUGACGAUAUGAAAUAUUUCACAGAAGUCACUCCUUCGACUAUCCACUUGACCUCUAAUGGAUCCGAGGUUGUGACAGCCAGCUUCAGUGUGCCCUCAGGCAGCGUGCCGGGCACCGUGAGCACCAUCAUCCUCACGGCUCAGAGUGCCAAGCAAAAACAAUCAGUAAACAGCGCCGUGACGCAGCUCGUUGUGCUGCCCGAGACUGUUGACACUGAGGCACCGUUGUGCAGCCUGGAUACCGAACCAGACUGCAGCGGCUUCAACAUCAUUGGCAUCUGCAACCAGAAGAACUGGACCAUUACCGCUACUCUGCAGGACUCUGUUUCCGGUCUGAGCAAUGCCUAUGCGGUUCCUGAGGGGCUGUGGUCGGAGGUUAACGGGUUGACGCCAAGCACCAAAAACGAAGUGACGCUCAGCUACGGGGCCUCCUGCUGCACUUCUCAGGUUGAAAUAAUUGGUGUUGAUACAGUGGGCAACGUGGGCAAGUGCCGCAUUGACAUGGGCGUGUUGGGAGGAGCCAUCGUGGAUCUGGAGGCGGAGUCUGUGGGAGUGGACUGGGUGAUGCUGCGUUGGUCCCUUUCCCCCACCACCCUCGAGCUACACAAGUACUCGCUCCUCAUCAACGAGGACAUGGUUUCAGAAUUCCGCUGCACCGAGUCUGUGUGCCACCGCAACGUGACGGACCUGAAGGCGUGCUCCCUCCAGACCUUCCAGCUUACGCCUUACUUCUACAUGGGGGAGAGUGACCGCGUGGGACUGGCUGCCUACACCGACGCCACCACCCUCGAUCUCGAGCCUGGAUCUCCUGUCAAUGGCAAACAAAUCAACUCCACCAGUACCACAGCCAGGGUAACUUGGGAAGCUGCAAACACACUAUGCCUCCACCAGUACCAGGUGUGUUACCGCCCCUAUGGCUUCCCGGGGACUGAGGUGUGUGAGGCAACUAGCGCCACGGAGUAUGAGCUGCGAGGCAUCGAACCCUGUGCAGUGUAUGUGGUCACCGUCAUGUCUGUCUCUCCGUCGGGUCUCCUCAGCGAACCUCUCAAGUUUUACGUGAAUACCGAUGAAGCAGACCCCGAGGCGCCAAGAAAUGUGGUGCUGGAGCAGGCCACUGAGACCACUGUUACUCUGGCCUGGGACGACCCGCUCCACCACGUCCAAUGCAUCGACAGGUACAUGAUCACGUACGGAGUGAUUGAGCCGACACAUCGAGAGGUACACGUGGACUUCUCACACAACGUAGCUACCGUGUCUGAGCUUCUGCCGUGCACUAACUACUCCUUCAUGGUGACCGCCGUGUCCAAGACAGGGAAGAUGGGUCCUGGCGCCCAUAGGACAGCCGAGACAUUGGAAACUGAAAAUCCCAACCCGGUGGACGCACUGGUGGCGGAGGCCAACGCCACCACUUCCCUGCAGGUCUCGUGGAUGACAGACAUGGUCUGUAUAGACCAUUUCGUCGUUUGUUACUAUGAACAUUUAGUUCCGGAGGAAACAUGUGCUGCGGAAGACAACACUGAGACCAGCCUUCUAGGCUUGCAGCCCUGCACUGAUUAUACUGUGGUCGUUACCGCCGUCACACCUUAUGGCGUAGAAAGCAACAAGACCACCACCACCGCCUCCACUCUUGAAAUCAAUCCUGGAAAGCCAGAGAAGCUGACGGUGACGGACCAGACGGCCCACACUGUAGAAAUCAGCUUCGAUCCACCCUCGGUCGGUUCCCAGUGCAUCACUGAAUAUGACAUCCAGGGGAUCCUGCUAGAUAGUACACUCAGAGACAAGCAAAUCGGUACAGCUGUGCCCACUGAACCUUCUCGCGAAAGUCUUUUUACCGACCUUAUGGCGUGUAGCGAAUACGAGAUCCGCGUGCGAUCGGUAACGCGGGGCCUUCUCACCAGCGACUGGGUGUCCGUGGUGGCAACCACACUGGAAGAUACUCCCAGCGCACCACGUAACUUAAAACUGUUGGAUGCUACACAGACAACUUUGCAUGUGCAGUGGUGGGAGCCUAUGGACAAUUACUUAUGCGUUGAGGAGUACGUUGUCAGCUGGAUCAAGAAAGGAGAAGCUAAAACACAGACAUUCACGUCGAGGAAUAACAAGGGGCCGCGAUCCCCGGUGAGCGACAUGACCUUACCGAAUCUCACUCCAUGCAGCCAAUACGACGUGACCGUGAAGGCCGUCACUCCCAGUGGCCAGGAGAGUGAUGUUGCGUCCCUCUCAGCUGAUACCACGGGCUGCCCUCCGUGAGAUUUCAGCAGAAGCAGAAGCAAACAAUAACGCGCCCAUCACAUCGGAACACCCAGACCACAGAGACAAGAGGAGAUCCUUACUUUUAUACUGUAGGGAGACUUAUCCACAUCUUAUACAUUAUCCUGGCAUCAUGUUCACGCAAAUAGCAUGUUUCUGAAAAUUUAGCAGUGAGUUGUUGGUUCAAUAAAUGUAGUCAUAAGCAUCA